AUGGAGGCUAAAAGGGCCCCGGAUUUCCCCCUGCUGCGAGAGCUACUGGCGCCGCCCUGUCUGAACCCUGAGCCGCCCCCAGGAGCCGCCAACCAGCCCGAGCCUCGGACCCCGCAAUGCCUCCAGCCCGGCGGCAGGUCCCCCUGGCCUGCGUGCCAGGAUUCUGUCACCACCCUGCGCUUCCUCCAAGAGUCUGCAGAGAGGCUGGCUCAGCCCCUGGCCUGGGACCCCCAGGGGCCCUGCUGUGAGCCCAUGGCCCCAGGGACCCCGGGUCCCCUGCUUCUGGCCGGAAACACUAAGACCGUACAGACUCCAAUCAGCCAAAAAUGCUGCGGCCUAGAGUCCCCCAGGGCACCAGCGGCCCCACCUAAGAGAAGACCCCGGAAACAACUGAAGCCCCGCCGGAGCACCGAGAAAGGAGACCCCGGGUUCCAGGGGGUGACUCUGAAGUUUGAGAUAAAACCAGAUUCCAGCCUACGGAUCACACCCACCUACAGCCUGGCCUGCAGCAGCCACCCCCCAGAACCAGAACCAGAGCCGGAGCCGGAACCAGAACCACCAGCAGGCCCCAGCCGGGAACCUGAGGCCACCCCUGGAGGCAGCGAGGCCCUGGGGCCCCGGUGCUGUGCUUCCUGUCGGACGCAGAGGACACCACUCUGGAGAGACGCCGAGGAUGGGACCCCACUCUGCAAUGCCUGUGGAAUCAGGUACAAGAAAUACGGCACCCGCUGCUCCAGUUGCUGGCUGGUGCCCAGGAAAAGCGUCCAGCCCAAGAGGCUCUGUGGUCGAUGCGGGGAGGCCUUGGACCCCCACCAAGGCCCCACUCAGGAGGGAUAACUCCUUCCUCACCCCCACGCUAAUUCUGCAGGGAGAGAAGGGGAGGAUGCUGGCUCGCUCGCCGAGGUAGGAGUGCGGAAGGGCCUCGCUCGGCUUCCUCUCUCCCCAGUGAGGUGGACACCCCGACCUCAGGCCCCAGAAGUGCUGUGUCAGGGGGCCCCCUUCUCCCAUCAGGUGUGGCUGG